AAUUAAAGGAUAUUGGAAAGUAAGUAACUGUAUAGGAAAUGUCGAUGCUGGAUCAACUGGAAGAGAUGGGUUUUCCUCACGAUAUCGCCGAAAAGGCGUUACGAGAAACAGGUGAAACAGGAUUGAUUGAGGCAGUGGAAUGGAUUGCGGCCCAUCAGAAGGAUAGUGAUAUAGAUCCACCGAAACCUGCUCAGCCACAGCCACCGGAAGAGGGAAGUUCGAUUGUUGAAUUUGCUGAAGAAGAGGAUUCAUCGAAGCCGUCGUCUACUGAAGCACCACAAGCAAUGUCGUUCAAAUGCGAUGUAUGUGGGAAACACUUAGUCGAUGAUCAGGCCGUUAUGUUCCAUGCAGCACGUACAAAACAUGAAGCAUUUAGCGAGUCAACGGAAGCUGUGAAGCCGUUGACAGAAGAAGAAAAGAAAGAAAGAUUAGCAGCAUUACAAAAUAAAUUAAAAGAAGCAAGAGCAAAGAAGGAGGAAGAAGAGAGAAAGGAAACAUUGGAGAAAGAGAAACGCCGUCGUCUAGAAGGAAAAUCAAUUGCAAAAGCGGAGGAAGAAAGAAAGGAAGUGGAAAUGAAGAAAAUGUUGGAAGAAAAGAAACGUGAAAAGCGUGAAGAAAUGGAAGCGCGCAAACGUGUUUUGGAACAAAUUCGUUUGGAUCGAGAAGCUCGUAAGUUAGCUGAACAACUGCGGCAGCCGCAGCCAACAGCAGUGACAGUUGAUUCACAAUUGCUUGCUGUAAAUGAGGCGUCUCCAGUAAAGGCUGGUGAUUACUGUCAAAUACAAGUACGGUUACUUGAUGGUUCGGUCAUCAAGGAGAAAUUUAAAUCAGACGAACCAUUAUCUCAUGUACGUCUGUGGGUAGAAAUGCAUGGUAAGGAUACAAUGAACGGCAUCCCCUUUACUCUCAUGACUCCAUUCCCUCGCAAAAUAUUUACCGAUGAAGAUAUGGAAGCACCCAUCAAAGCUCUUGGUUUGCUGCCUUCUGCAAAUAUGGUUGUUACACGUGCCGCCCACUAGCUUUCUUCCAUUCACCUGGUAAGUUACGUAGGUAAUCAGCCAAAAUUUCAUCACAAGAAGUGGCCGAUUUGUUGAAUCUGUUCCAUUUUCUUUAUGCCAUGUACAUCCAUCGCAAAUAACUUAAUUGUUUUCGUUAUGUUUGUGCACAAAUACUACCGUAGGAUGUUCUUUAAAUUCGGGCGAAUAUCAGCUAUAAUCAUUUUGAAGUCGUCUGUUGGUUUGAAAACAAAAUUAUGAGCCCUUGUCACCUUUUUUAUGUACAUUGGUAAUAAAAACAUUUAGC